AGUCACGGGACCUCGAUAGCUCGCGACACGCGACUCGCGCACAUACAAACACACACAUGUUGCUCGUCAUGUCGGUAAAAUGAAGAAAAUGGGGUUCGCGAGGGGGGCAGGGGCCACCCUGUCGGAUUCAGACGAUGACAUCUUUGUACCAACCCCCUCCUCGACUUCCAAACGGGCGGAGUCGGCCCCAAGAAGAGAGUUUCUGAGUUGUGGAAGUUUGUCGUCGGAUAACGAAGGUUGCGUUUGGGACAGCGAAGUUGAAAACAAACAUGGCUUCGGGUACAAACUGUCGAGGCAAGGUUCCAUCGUUGAUGGACUGCUUCAUGAAAUAUAUGAUCGGUGGCAUGGGAGUUUUAGGGAUAGCUUUGACAGUGACACGUUCACUGAAUGUUCCAGUACCUCGGAGGUCUUUCUUUCAAGAUGGGACUCUAUGAAUUCUCCGUACGAACGUCGUCAUGCAAGACAGUUCAGCAGAGCAUUUCUCGAAAACCAAAAUAUUUCUCAACUUCGUAAGAUGUUUGGGGACAUACAACGCAGUAUUAACCAGUCUUCCACCCGUCUGGUGCGGCAGCUUAAAUGUCGAGACCGGCGGAUCGCCAAACUCCAUCGAAACUGUGAUGUUGUCACUGCCAUUCUACAGGCAGCCUCCCUGAAGAGACAAAUCGAUACUAGGAUGCGGUUCUCAAUUCAGCCCCCCCCUGGAGAGAGUGCCUUUGAGCAGUGGAAGGAUGCCAUGAAGGCAGUUGCUAGGUUACCCUUGGGAAUACCGCAGGAAUUCAGGAAAAAGGUUUGGCUGAGUUUGGCUAAUCACUACAUCAAAGACUUGAAGAUCGACUGGGAGAAAACUGUGAGAUUCGCCUUCAACGAGAGAAGCAACCCAGAUGACGACAAGCUGGGGCUGCAGAUAGUGAAGGACCUGCAUCGGACGGGCUGCAGCAGCUACAGCGGCCAGGACAACGAGCAGGACCGAGCGGUGUUGAAGCGAGUGCUCCUGGCCUACGCCAGGUGGAACAAGCGGGUCGGAUACUGCCAGGGAUUUAAUGUCAUAGCUGCACUGCUGCUUGAUGUCAUGGACAGGAAGGAGGACGAUGCGCUCAUGGUGAUGAUUUACCUGAUUGAUCAUGUGCUUCCCGAGAGCUACUUCGCCAACAACCUGCGUGCCUUGUCUGUAGAUAUGGCUGUGUUCCGCGACCUGCUCCGCUUCACCUACCCACACCUGGCCAAACACCUCAACCACCUGCAGAACGCUGCUCAAGAUAUUACCACAGGUAGGCAGAACAGUUACCUGCAGAACGCUGCUCAAGAUAUUACCACAGGUGCCUGUUACGAGCCUCCCUUGACGAACGUGUUCACCAUGCAGUGGUUCCUGACUCUGUUCGCGACCUGUCUUCCAAAGUCCAUCGUCCUGCGCGUGUGGGACUCGAUCCUCCUGGAGGGCUCGGAGAUCCUGCUUCGCACCGCCCUCACAAUAUGGGGCAAGCUGGCAAGGAGGAUUAAGUCGGUGACCAGUGCGGACGAGUUCUACACCCUGAUGGGGGACCUGGCGGCAGACAUGAUCCAGGGGACGAUCUUUAAUGCUGAUGAUUUCAUUAAAUCCAUCUACUCCCUAUCCCCCUUCCCCUUCCCCCAGCUGAGUGAGUUGCGUGAGAAGUACACGUACAACAUCCGACCCUUCACCAACACCGCCAACACCGGCAAGAAGGGCGGGUCUCGUGUGGCCAAGAAUGUUCUGUACAGUGACGAGGACGACCUGGACGAUGAGGACAUAGAGGCCAUCACCUGCUUCCAGGGCUUUGUGCCGCAGGGCAUGAAAGGAAGGGGUGACGGUGACUUGGGUUCGGGGUCAGCCGACAUCUCGGCCCUGGGGCCGGGGGCCUAUGGCAUCCAUCCCGACGCCCAGGGAGCCGGGCCAGUCUACAUGGAGAGGAUGUGCACAGACAUCGGCAGUCUGCAGAAACAGUACGAGAAACUGCGACUAAGACAGAGACAGGCACACAUCAUCAUAUCAGCUGCCUCUGCAAGACAGUCACCAAAGCCAAAAGCAACCGUCUUGGUCCCCAAGAUUGAAAGCCCGCUGGCCAUGAACCACCUGUUUAUAGGGAAGCAUGCUGGAGGCCGCAACAGACUCGUAGCCGAGGGGCCGAAGAUUGUCUCUGUGUUCAACCACUGCGAGAAAUAUCCUCAACUGGAAGGUCCAAUCAGGAGGGAAAAACGUUCCAGUUCUGCCAGUUCUGCCAAAUCGGAACCUAAACGUGAAAGCUUCAGUAGCUGUGGGACACUGGAGGAUAUGAGUGAGGGCGUCAGCCGGGACAGAGAAGGCAGUGAAGGCGAGAUGCCCAUGUCAAGUCCGGAUAUUAUGCAAGGAGAGGAUCUGGACUUGUCCCAGUUUGAUACUUCAGGGAGUAUUGAGGAGAAAACUGAAAAUGUGAAUAAUAAUGCCAGUGUUGAUAUGGUCAGUGAUGCAAGACCAGUUUCUAGUGAUUCUGUGGAUGGGAGGAUGGUGGCAGACGUCCAUCAUGUCGAUGCGGUGAUACCUGCUGAUGCAGAUGCUGUGAACUCCGGUGCAGAUUCGUUACCCAAUGGAGCAGACGUCGUUUCGGGCUCCAAUGAAACACUUUGUUCUCAGCCAGACAUCACAGUCAGUGACGCGAGAACAGAUUCACUGACUUUCGACCGAGGGGUAAUGAAUGAUUCAGUAACAGAAGAUUACCCAGGAAGCAGAUACAAGAAUUCAAUUGAUAAGGAAAAUCUGAAAAUGGACAGAUACUCCCGACCUAAACCAGAUCUUAGGUUAAAGUUCAGUACAAGGAACUCCAGUACAUCGGAGUCUGACACUGGUCCCAGUCCGAACCAGAUGCACACAGACAUGCUCACCAAAUUUGUUUACAUUGCCAGUAAACAACACAAUAACAAAACAAAAAGCUCAAGAUCGUCGUCUUCAUCGUCACAGUCGACUACACCUACCACUCCGGAUGUAUUCAAUUCAGUCAAGCCCUCAUCCCCAACCAAACCUUUCAAGCCUUUCCCCAUGAAACAGUUGAACUCGAACCGAGCCAAGAAUGGACUAAAAUUGGGGCUCUACACAAGCUCCACCUUACAGCAAUUAGAAAAACAAGGGAAGCGAUCUCAGGGGUCUUUCUUCAAAGUCAAGAAUGCUUCAUGAUGGGAUGGAAGAACAGAGCAAGUCUACAAUGGUAAACUACUCAAUAAAAGUUAGGGACCAACCGAUUCUUUCAUAUUACUAAGUUAAAGAACACCCGUUGGCUUGAGAGAUUAACUAUAAUAAUAUGAAGAAUCCGGUGAUCCUUAACCUUUUUCAGUAGUAUAUAAUGUAUAAAUGAUGCUAUGGCUGAAAGUUAUGUUGAAGUUCCAUAUAUCAGUAAAACCUACAUAUUUUCGAUUGGAAAUAGAUUUGGAGAGAGAGGGGUGACUGAUAGCAACCAUAUUGGAUAUUUCAGGAAGUUUGAACAUGGAGUUGAGAUUUUUUGUGGUGGCAUGAAAGAUUAUUGCAAGACUGAGAGUGUUGACAGUAAACAGCAAAAUAAAUCAAGAUUGUAUUAGUACCGGUACUUUGCUGGUUUUUCUAUCAUCUGUUUUUCAUUUCAUUACAGGGAGUGGGCAAUUUGUACAUUUGAAUUAAAACAUUGUAAAUAUGAUCCAAUAAAUGAUAUGAAAUCCAAGAGCCAAAAUUUCAACUUACAUUUGGGACAAUCAGGGAAAUUCAUACAGUUCAUCGUCUUGGUAUCGUCUGCUUGUAUAGACUCCCCAUUGUAAUUCAUUCGCAUCAUUUAGGGUCCCGGAAUAGCCGAUAGUUUUUUGUGUAAAUUACUGAGUAGUCUAUUUUCACAAUCUCAUUAAAAUCAGAUCUUAGUCCUCGCUUCCGCUAAACAAAGAUCUGAUGACAUCCCAUUACGGGUCACGUCAGACCGAAUUUGCGCCAACUUUCACCGACCAAUGGA